AUGGAGUCUAAAAGUAAAGACAAGCCCGCCCUUCAGCAACGUGUCUCCAAAGAUAUUGCAGAUGGCGAGAUCGUCAAGCCUGGCGAUGCACUGGCUGACGAUGAGGAGCUCACCAUUGCGCUGGCAAACUAUGUGCCUGAUACAGCCGAAGAACGACGCCUUGUUCGAAAGAUUGACUUCACUCUUCUGCCUUGCCUAUGGUGGAUGUAUGUCCUUGCAUACCUGGAUCGCGGGAAUAUAGCGAAUGCCAAUGCAGCUGGAAUGAGUGAGAGUCUCAACAUGAAGGACAACGGUAGGCUCAUCUCACUUGUGUACAAGCAUCAUGUCGACUAA